AUGGCUAUCUCUAAUAUUAUUUUUGUACUUAAAUUUACUGAUUAUCUUAUCCUAACCGUAUUCUUUUUCUUAGUUCAUGUCUUUCAAUUUUAUUAUAAAUAUCUUACGCGUUCUAACAAGUUACCAGGACCAUUACCUCUUCCCUUUAUAGAAUGUUCUUAUUUGUAUACAGGGGAUAGUAAACGUCUAUUUACCUUUCUUCAACAAAAAUAUGGUGACUUAUGUGAAUUUUACAGUAACGGAUCACGAAGGAUAAUAAUUUCGAAUCCUGUAUAUCUAGAAAAAAUGUUAACCCCUUCAUCUAAGGAUACUACAUUCUUUGCAAGAUUUCCAUAUUUAGAAGGAAUUGAAGAAUUUGGAAUGGCUGGAAGAGGCAUAAUUGCAAAUCAUGAUUUAAAAAGUUGGAGAUUUAAUCGACAAUUCUUUAAUCAAGCAAUUCUUACUCCAAGUUUUAAUAAUGAAUCUAUUAAAUGGUCUAAUCAAUUGCUUCAAGAGUUAGAAGGUUAUUGGAAAUCUCUUGGUGAACUAAAUUUAUCUGGUGAUAAUAAUAAUGAUUGGUCUCUUGAAUUAGAUUUAACAAAAUGGUCAAGUAGAUUUACGAGUGAUAUGAUAACAGUUUUAAUCACUGGUGAAAGAUCUUAUACCAUGGCUUCAUAUUAUAAUAUUUUCAGUCCAGUGAAAGUAAAUCGUACUGGUGCAUUGAUUGAAGAUUCAGAAAGAUUUGUUCAAGGAAUUAGUUAUCACCUUGCCGGAUUCACCUAUUUUUUGUAUGUUGGUCCAAUCUUACGUCAUUACUCGCCAUUUAUUAGACCUAAAGUUAUAUCUUUACUUAAAAAUCGUGAUUAUUUGUUUGAAACACUAAAUAUGAUUAUUAAAAAGAGAAGAAAAGAGAUUGACGAGACUCCAAUAGACAAAGAAUUAGGGCAUGAUAUGUUGACAUCUUUAAUAAUUGCAAAUACAGAAAGAAAUAAGAAUCGUAUAAGUACUGAUGAUGGUACCUUUAGACCAAUGACAGACGUUGAGAUUAGAGUUAAACAAAAAAUGAUUGCCGAAAUUGACUCAAUAUUUCCUCCAAGUACACCUCUCAAUUUGAAGUAUGAAGACCUCUUAAAAUUAGAAUAUUGUGAUGCGAUUAUUAAUGAAUCUAGUCGAAUGGUGCCACUUACAGUUGAUGUCGGAAGAUAUCUUGAAUACCCUGGAGAAUUAGCUGGGUAUCAAUGGGAAGCUGGAACAUAUCUCCAUAUGAAUAUAACUGGUAUCCAUUCACAUAAAGAUGUUUGGCCUAAUCCUGAAGUUUUUGACCCAGAUCGAUUUUAUAAAAAAGAUGAUAGCAAUAAUUUGAAUGAUAAAACAAGGCCUAAAUAUUCGUUUUUACCAUUUGGUGGUGGAUUACGUAUAUGCCCUGGAAGAAAGUUGGCGAUUAUGGAAUUACUUUCAUUAAUGGUAAUGGUAUUUGGAAAGUAUGAUGUUGAGUUAAUUGAUAUGAAAGCGCCGUUACAAAUACAAACCACUGGUGUAUCUCUUU